AUGGCCGACACAUCUAGUUCUCCGAGUCACCCAUACGAUGAUUCCUUGGAUCUGCGGGUCGAGGAUUAUCUUGACGACAAGCUUCAGUCAACAACUGAUCUCGACACUCUCGAUGAGCUUCUGGCGAAGGUGGAACUGCAGCAAACCCAACUCCAAUCACAGCUCGAUGAUGCGGCGAAAGAGCUCGAGGAUGUGAAACGCAACGCUAGCAACCGCCAAGAGUCUCUCGCCUCUCAAAUCCGCGAAUUCCAGAGCCUGCAGCAGAGCAUCGAUGUCCGCGUCCGGGUGGCCGCCGAGUCCGACGCACCGAACGAAGCGAUUCAGCGCUUACAAGUACCUAUGAAGAAGCUCCGGGCGGCUGCCCUCCAGCCAUAUACGAAGCUUCGCAAACUUGCUAUCCGACUACGCGAGCUCCAGGAGCCUGCAGAUGACGCAGCAGUACAUCUCGUGACGCACGUUACGAUCGUAACUGACCUACUUUGGGACGAGAUGAAGAAAACCAUGUCUAAGGAGAUGGAAGCGGUGCUGAGCGCUCGAGGCUGGCCGAAUAAAAUCGACCCUGCCCAUGCCGAGAUGGACGACGAGUGGUUGCUUUGUUUCGACAAACUCCUUGAUCUACAGCUUCCGGAACUCUUAUACAGUGAUACCGUGAUACCCCUCCUGCCGAUUGAUGUCAUGUGCGGCCUCUUCGUCUCCGAGUUUCGAUUCCAUUUCCUUAGCGACAAGCCCACCAGCAAUCCACUAAGCAUCAACACACACUGCCUUCCCUGGUUUCUUGCUCUCCUACACAAAUGGGAGGACUUCUUCAGUGAUAAUCUUGGACCGUCCCUGGCUGAGAAAUUCCGCGAUACCGUUGCUGCAGACCGUAUUGUCUACGUUGACCCUAUGUGCGCUCUCAUCACGUCGAUGCUACCCGUAUUGCGGGAAAAGUUGAAGAUUACCAUACGCGAGGCCGUCAAGACCCCAACAUUCCUAAGUAGCCUAGUAGGCCAACUGAUGGACUUUGAUGACAAUAUUCGAUCAAACUUCAAUUAUGAUACCGGUGCACCUGGCGGCUGGGGUGGCCUCACGGCCGAGGUUCUGGAUGAAUGGUUUGAACCGUGGUUCCAAGCUGAGAAACAGUUUGCCUUGGAGCGGUUCCGUGCCAUCAUGGACUCUGCAGACGCUAGAAACAUGGAUUACAAUUACGGCGGUCUAGGCAAGACGAAGCCAACCCAUGGCGCUACUCGGGUUACCGACCUGCUGAGGUCCGUGACCUCACAGUACCGUCGUGUCCCGAAAUUCAAGCACAAGCUACGGUUUUUGAUUGGAAUCCAGCUUGACGUUUUGGACGAGUUCCACGACAGGCUACGCGGCUCACUCGAAGCCUAUGGUGCAAUCAACUCUGCCGUCGGCAGAACUUUACACGGCGUCACAAAGGAGCAGAUCGCCGCUCUUGAGGGAACGGGCCAGCUUGAAACAUUGUGCAAGCUACAGUCAAGGUCUAAGACUUCGGACGAGCAGCGUGUGCUGUCCGGGGAGAUCAGCUACGAGGAGGUCAAGGACAGGACCUCUAGCGCUAUAGGCUCGAAUACGGGUGAUGGUGGCCUAUUUGACGAGACGAUCGCUGCAUAUACGCUUCGGCGCAAGGCCGCGCGCGAUUAUAUCGAAGCAGCCCUUGUUGACUCUCAAAACAAGGCAUUCCGCGCAUACCUUAGUCGGACUCACUGGACCCCUGCAUCAGAAGAUCAUGCUAUAGACCCGAGCCAGCUCACUAUCACAGCCCAGCUCGACGAGCCGCUACGAAUUCUUAAACGCAACCUUGACUUCCUCACUCGGGCGUUGGGGACCGCCCCUUUACGAAGGGUCUGGCGUCACACUCUCGAGAAACUCCAAGACACUCUGUGGUCGGAUAUCCUCACAAGACAGAGCUUUACCGCUCUCGGGGCCGCCCAAUUCACACGUGAUCUAGAUGCGAUCUGCAGCUUGGUCGAGAAAACGAUCCCUGGCAGCUCAUCGGCCCUGGGGAAUGUGCUUGAGGGAACCAAACUGCUUAGUCUCCCUGUAGUGGCCCAAGAGGGUGGACUGACUUUGAAAGAAGCCACUGAUAGAGUGUUCACCGAUAACGCUGCAGCGAAGAGUGUUCUAGAGCAACUGGAUAUCGAACUUCUAUCCCCAGCGAAUGCUCGCCACAUCUUGCAGAAGCGAGUUGAAAAUGUAGAGUAA